AUGAGCUGGAGACGCAGCGGCCAGAGUCAGUCGGUAGCGGCGCGUCCCAGGCGCGAGUCGCUAAAAAUGAAUCGGCUUAAGUACGGAUCUGUAAUGGUGGAGACCGGAUCGUCGGUCUUGAUGUCGUCUCUCAUACGUGUACUCGCUGUGUCUUUCGUGCUCUUGUGGCCGGUAUUAAGUGAGGAGACCAGCCUGACCGGCCGUAUGCGGGCGAUCAGCGAGGAUCUAGACAGGCAACUUAACGAGAUAAUGGCCUCGCAGGCGCUCAGCUAUUCGACGGUGAACACCGUUGGGCUGCCUUACAACGCUACCACUAAGUUCAAUCCAAAGGGCAUGGGCCAGCUGUACAAUGUGACGAAUAUAUUCAUCGAUUUGGUGCAGAGCAAGCAGGCGUAUCCGGAGGGUAUGAUCACUCUGGUCGACGGCGCUCCAGCUUUCGUGGACCCUCUCAAGGAAUGGAAGAUAAUAAUAACGCAUUACGGAGGAUUGGCUGGUCUCGCUCUGAUCGGACUUAUCCUGGCAGCUAUUCUCCCCUGCGCCGGUCUCUUUUUCUGUUGUUGUAGAUGCGCGGGACAUUGCGGUGCCCGAAGUCAACCCUUCGAUAAAAAGCACGAUCACUGCAGGAAAAUUAUGCUCAGCAUCGUGUUAAUCGUUGUCGCUACUAUUAUUCUAUUCGGCGUGGUGUGUGCCUUUGUGACAAACGAGUACAUGCAAGAGGGAACCAAAGAGCUUCCGUGUAAAGCCAAGACAAGUCUGAAAGACGUCAAGCUCUACUUGACUACCACGAAGCUAGAGAUUGACAAUUUGCUCAAGACCAAUCCCGAGGAACUUGAAGUUACGCUCAACAAUAUCCUGCAGGCUAGUGGUAAAAUCGUUACCGAACAACUGGCGGAAUAUUCUCACGCCGUCUCCCUGACAAAUCUGAAUGACAUCGUUGCUGGCUUAGAGUCGAUCAGAGAGGAUCUCAGGUUGAUGAAUAAAAUAACGCAGGAAUUAAGGAUAAAUGCCAGUCAAUUGGACAUUGUUGUUCGUGGUGUCAAGAAAAAUCUUCUUCACACGCUGGCUGCGUGCACGACUGACAAGUGCCAACGAGUUCUGCACGAUUACAAAGUGAAUCAAAUGUCAGUACAGGUGGACUUCGAUAAGUACAUGGACCGUUACUUUCCAAAGCUGCCAGACGUUACAUUUGCGUUACAUAACAUCACUGUGCUCAUGGAGAGUAAUAUAGUGUCGGAAGUAAGCCAGGGCAGGGAUUCGUUUCUGAAGAUUCAGAAGGAUAUACAGCACGCUGUUAAUCAGACAAUCCCUGUAGUCAGUGCCAGUAUUCGACGAGCUUGUAACUACCUGGCGAGCAUUGCCAAUAACAUGACUGCCCUUAUCGACAGGAUAAAUGUCGACAUAGAUAAAGUAUAUAUGCGACAUUUAGAAGUUGCCCAGAACAAUAUAAAUCAGUAUUCACCCUAUAGAUACUAUCUUGGUCUUGGUAUAUCCGGUAUUCUUCUGACUGUCUUGAUGUGUUUAACGUGUGGCCUUUUUUGCGGUAUUUGCGGAAAGCGUCCGGACGGAUACGGAGAUGAUUGCUGUAAUAAAGGAUCAGGGGCACGGUUUCUUAUGAUGGCUGUGUGGAUUAUCUUUCUUUUGACGAGCAUUCUGAUGGUUAUAACUGUUGUUCAUAUGAUAACCGGCGUUAUAGCCCAACGUGGUAUCUGUGAGCCUUUAAAGAAUCCAAAAGACAACAGGAUGUUCGAACUGGUUGACGAGUUCGUGCAAAUCAAGAGAAUACUUUAUCCGAAAAAUCCUAAUGCGAAUAUUAACAUGAGUUAUAUUGUAACCAAAUGCCACGAGAACGAGACGCUUUACAAUGUGCUGAAUCUAAAAAAUGUAUUCAUUGUUGAAAGUCUCCGCGAUUACAAUGGACGUUACGACAUCAAUGAUACCAUCCAACAACUGCGCCGCAAGAUCAGCCUUUCUCCCGGUGUAGUGAUCCUGAAGGAUAGCGCGAGAUCCAAACUGAACGAUCUAGCGCAGAGCGGCCUAAGUGACAUCAAAUUCUAUCAGUACGCUGAACUACUCGCCGAGAACAUUACGAAUAUUAAUUUGGAACAUCUUGCCAAACAAUUACGAGAGGUUUCCGCUAAAUUACCGGAAGGGCAAGAGGAAAUCAGGCUCAGUCUUGAGAAGAAUGCACAUGACUUGGAACAUUAUCACAGAGACUUGGUCAUGCCUAUGGCCAUGCUCAGCGAACAAUUGAGCGCGAACGCGUUAACGCUUCAGGAGACCAUUAAAUUCAAUCAUAGUUCAAUGGCUGACGCUAUUCAUGAUUUAGUGGAUGAAGUUACCAAAGCGCAGCAAUUCCUAAAUAAGGAUGGACCAGAAUAUGUUCAAUAUCUUGCUACUAAAUUUGGCAAUGCGUUUUUGCAUCAAGUGGACAAAUUUCUCGAGCAUGUCAUUGAAUCUGCAAUUUUCAAGAUUGGAAGAUGUGCUCCAGUAUCCAAUGCUUAUAACGCAACGCUCGUGGCCGGAUGCAAUAAAAUUUUGGAUCCAUUCAACGGCUUUUGGGCAAGCGUUGGUUGGUGCCUAAUUCUAUUCAUACCAACGAUAGUGCUCUGUGUGAAGUUGAGCGCUCUGUACCAAAAGUCAGAUCCAUAUCCGGGGCCUCUUGUCGAAGCUGAAUAUUUGUAUGACGCAUACGCAGACAGGGAUAACAUACCCCUCGCCCACGUCCACGACAAGAAGCACAUGUCCCACAGACAUAACCCCGCGGCGUACGUCGAGAGUUAUGACGGACCGGCGAUGGGAUACGGCGAGCGCGAGAGGAUCCCUGAUGCCCACCAGAGCACGUCGCAUCACGACUCGCGAUAUUCUGAUCUGGCGUCUAAAAAUUGGGAUUUCCCCAACGGUGGUCCGCCAAGAUAUCAACCAGCUGCCGGGACUCCACCUCCUUUAAGCACUGAAUAUGAACGACCGCCACCCUAUUACUAUCCUGGGCCUGUGGAUAGAAAUUAGGAAACAAGUGCCGUGGCAUGCACAAAAGCAGCAUUGAACAGUGUGGCGACGCACAGCCUCACGCGCAGCUACAAGCGAACGUUCAAGAAUAGAGAGAAAUCUGGAUGUAAAAGGGACUACGUAUAAUAUACUUCACGUUUGUUCCUGAGCGUGCCACGGAUUGUGCGAACACCAAGACCAAGUUUAAUACAAACUAAAAUAGGCCAAUCUGGUCAAUGAUCCUUUCGCGGCCUUCCCUCCUUUUGUGGAGUACAGAUAAUCAAUAUAAAUGUGACGUAAAUUUCACUUUUUGUUUAAGCAUCACUUAAGAAUUAAUACUCAUGCGUUUCCGUACCGCGAAAGGAACACCAUUUUUUAUUAAAUGUGGACUUUAAGGAAUGCGAAGUCUCGCCGUUUCUCAAUCUUUCAACGUAAAGACAAACGUAAAAACAACGUAAAGACAACGCCCGGAUAUAUGUACAUCGUGGCUCACUCGACAUCCGUUUUCGUCUAUCGAGUAUGGAUAUUGAGAUAUUUGUAUAUGUCUUACGUUUUCGAUCAGUAAGAAUAACAUAUAUGUAGAACAAAGGUCGAUCGAACACGGGAUGAAGUCAAAAGAAAAUAGAAUUAGAUGAUGAAACGAAUUCCCUUUCGUUUAACAAUACAUAAAGACUGUACGUGCGUGAAGAACUACGAUCUAUCGAAUUGUCUAGCACAAAUUAUUAAUGCUGCCAAUGUAGCGCGCUAUUUUCCAUAUGAGAAACCUCCUCUAUCUUGACAGAUUGCUGAUCCAGCACUUUGAGCCACCAAACAAACGCCAUAUGAAAAAUGCCAAAUGAUACACAUGCGAUUUACACGCAUAUAUUCGAAGACACGCAUCGUUAUUACACUACAAGUGUCGCGUGGUUCAUCACUUUGGAUCUCGUUCGUCUUUAUAGUUGAGGAAUACUAGUAUUAAAUUCUUGUAUUCUCCGCCAAAUGUUGAUUUCUGUCUCGUGGCGGAGGGAGAAAGACAGAAAGAGAAUUUUCGAGCGGUGCGACUGCUCCAUUAUAAAUACUCUGUGUACAUUUCUCAGUAGUUGUUUUCUUAUAUACUCUAUCUUAUUGUGCAACAUUCUAUCGAUAUAAACCAAGGCGAUUUUUACGUAGAUCGCGUAGAUCGCGCCCAUACAUUCGCUUAAUCGGAUCUACGCGCUGUAUGGAUUCUUCGAUGUACGAAUUAUUACAACAUCCGUUAUCCUUCCCCCAUUUGAGUACAAACAUUUGGU